AUGAGUGCACGAUCUAAUUCGCGGCACGUCACCGGUGUGUUGCCUUCGAAACACUUCUUUAUACCUAGGAAGCCUAUAAAACCAAAUUCUAAUGCUUCUGCCAUGCGAAAAGCAACCAGUAGUUCAGCCUUGAACUCACCCAGCUCUUCUCACCAUACAUCAUCUCAAAUGAGAUUACCGGUAGUCGGUUCGACGUUGUCAAGUGAAUCUACUAGCGAAGGAGCAGUACGUUUAGCACGUUUAACCCUUCCAAGGAUAUCUACGUCCCUUGACUUAUCCUUAGAUUAUAUAAUAGCUUCGAAUAGAGAAGGAGGCGGUGAUACAAGCUUUUCUUUGCCAGAGCUGCCACCAAGUGCCCUUUUGGCUCGGCGCCAAACCCGAACUGACAGUGUAAUUGACAUUCCACAAGCAGUGAUUGAUUCAGUGCUAGAGCCAAUAGAUAUAUCAACAAACACGUUAAAACGCCCCUCUUCUGGUUCAACAAAUUUGUCGGGUACUCCUUCAAAUGUUCCCUCCAGAUUCUCACCCAAUAAAAAAUUAUCACCAACAACUCCACCGUUACAGUCACCAAAUUCAUUUCUUUCUAUCCCAUAUUCUUCUACUACGCGUCCGCAAAUAAUGUGGCCAGGCAGAAAUAGAUUUUUCCUGGGUGGAAGAAUAAUCACGAGUAGGGAUUUUCCGGCUUUUUUGGUUGCUUUAUUUGCAUUAAUUGUGCCGUGCGCGCUGUUUCUAUCAUUUACAGCUCCAUUUCUAUAUUCACAUGUUUCACCAGCUGUAGUAGUUGUGUUUGUUUAUUUAUUCCUUUUGGCUUUAAGUAGUAUGUUAAUAACAUCAUGGACCGAUCCUGGGAUCAUUCCACGUAAUCUUGAUCCAUCACCACCAACAGAAGAAUUCGAUGAGGGAGACCAUCAUCUCAGUCAAUCACAAUAUUCACCACCGAGGUGUAGUCAUUGUCGACAAUGUGAUAAUUGUGUAGAAAAUGAAGAUCAUCACUGUAUAUGGCUUAACAAUUGUAUUGGUCGUCGAAAUUAUCGUAGCUUCUUUACGUUUAUCACGACUGCCACGAUAUUAUGUAUUUAUGUGGCCGGGUUUGUGUGGUCGGUGGGUGGGUUGUCCAGCUAUCAUAUUUAUUUAAUUAGUCAUAAUCUGACUACACAUGAACAGCUUCGUGCUUCUUUAGCGCGUAGAAAUGGACUGAGGAAUCAAUAUGAUUUUGGCAGCGUAUACAAAAAUUGUGUUUGGGUUUUAUGUCGACCUCUGGUACACAGUUCGAUAAAUCGACGUGCAUUUAUUGAAUCGGAUUCGGUGGGAGACAGGGAGAUCCAGGAUGAUGGGACAUCAACUGUUCCGCAAAUGACAAGCAUGUCAAAUUUGUCAUUAGCAGGACCUUCAUCAAGAACAAAUCAGGAUAGGGUGAGCGCGAGUGUAGCGUAA